UUUAGCAUCUUUUCAAGAUUCCAAACAGCUAGCCAACUAGCCGAAAGAGGCUAAUAUUUUAACCUCACAGCAUAAGCUAUCUCUUUGGUUAUUUGUGCAGAUAUAUAAUUCUUGUUUUCAGUUCGUCUUGAAGAUUGCAUACAGGCUUCCCAAAUGUCGUCUUGCGAAGAAAAGGAAGCAUUUUAAGAUACCAAAGUGUACGGGUAAAUCACAAACUGUAGUAGGCUAACGGUUGCUAUUAGCCCCGAAAGUGUUGCAAGUGAGACGUCCGGCUAGGCAACCAUUACAGUAUUAGCAGCUUCAAAUCGCCGGCUGUCGAGUACAGUGUCAGUCAGUUGCCAUAAUAGGAGGAAAGGUGUGACUAGUGGCCUAUGAGGAAGCCACGUCGAAAAGGCCAAGGGGCCGGAGGAGGUGAAGUAGAUGUCAAAAAGUCCAAUGGGACGGUUGGCGGGCGUGGAGGUGCCCGUCAACGAUCUCCAUCCCCUUACAGCCUUAAAGCAUCUCCAACCAGAGAAACGCUUACCUAUGCCCAGGCUCAGAAGGUGGUUGAGGUGGAACUGGAUGGUAGGCUUCACCGCAUUUCCAUUCUGGAGCCUUUGGAGGUCAUUACAGAAGAUGAAAUGAUGGCUCAAGAUAUCAGCGAGUGUAACAGCAACAAAGAGAAUAGUGAACAGUCAUCCUCUAGGAUCAGCAGCACCCAAACACCCCGUAAACCCAUCACACCAAGAGGCCGCAGGAAAGACUCUAAAUGCUCCUCUGUCAGGUCACCGCAGCCUUCCAAGAACCAUCGGGCUAAUUCUCAUCCCCAAUCACCAGAAAAACUUAACAACUCACACUGUCAUCACAUUUCUCUCCCUGAACCUAAAUUUCGUGUUCUGGAAACUUUCUUACCAGUUGAAGCACCUCCUCUGCCUGCAGCAUAUUACCGCUACAUUGAACGUUCAGCUGAGGAGCAUGAAACUGAGGCAGAAUAUGACAUGGACGAGGAGGACACUGCCUGGCUGGAAAUGGUAAAUGCUGACCGGACAUCGGAGAGUUUCUCAGCUGUCUCAUCAGACACUUUUGAGCUGUUGGUAGACAGGUUGGAAGAGGAGGCAUACCGAGAAGCCCGCAGUCGGGCACCUUCACAAAGCACUAUUGACGAUGAUGCCUUCUGCUGCGUGUGCCUGGAUGACGAAUGCCUCAACAGCAAUGUUAUACUCUUCUGUGAUUCCUGCAACCUAGCUGUGCACCAGGAGUGUUAUGGAGUGCCCUACGUCCCUGAAGGCCAAUGGCUAUGCCGCUGCUGCCUCCAGUCCCCUCAGAAACCCGUUGACUGUGUUCUGUGUCCAAAUCGUGGUGGAGCUUUCAAACAAACAAGUGAUGGCCGCUGGGCACAUGUGGUCUGUGCUAUAUGGAUCCCUGAAGUUUGCUUUGCAAACACUGUGUUUCUGGAACCAGUGGAAGGGGUCAAUAACAUUCCCCCAGCACGCUGGAAACUGACUUGCUACCUGUGCAAGCAGAAGGGCCGUGGUGCAUCUAUUCAGUGCCACAAGGCCAACUGUUACACCGCUUUUCAUGUCACAUGUGCUCAACGUGCUGGUUUGUUUAUGAAGAUUGAUCCUGUUCGGGAAACAAAUGUAAAUGGUACAACCUUCUCAGUUAAGAAGACAGCGUUCUGUGAAGCUCAUUCUCCGCCAGGACAAGAGACUUCAGACUACGAGAGUGAAGGACGAGUGGUGGGCAGCAGAGGGAGGGCUAGUAGAGGGCGGAGUGCUUACACAGAGGGUCCAACUACACCAAAAAAGGGCAAAAAGUCUGAAAAUGAUACUAAGAUGGAUAAAAAGAAAGGGAAAAAGAAUACAGACUCAGCACAGCAAACUGGUUCCCCUCAGGUGAUAGUGCCUCGCAUACCCACAAGCAGGCUGAAUAUUAUCUGCAAAGGAGUCCUCCUCCAAAGGAAAAACCAGUUCAUGCAGAGGCUGCAUAGUUACUGGUUACUAAAGCGUCAGUCGAGAAACGGUGUGCCGCUGGUUCGGCAUUUGCAUUCUAAUGUCCAGUCCCAAAAAAAUACAGAACAGCCUGAAGUGGAUGAGAAGAUUUCUGCGGCAAGAGAAGCACUGAGGUAUUGGCAGAAGCUCCGGCAUGAUCUUGAAAAAGCCAGACUGCUGGUGGAGCUCAUUCGCAAGAGAGAAAAGUUCAAAAGAGAGCAGGUCAAAGUUCACCAGGCAUCUCUAGAGAUGCAGUUGACUCCGAUGCUUGUGCUGCUGCGCUCCACUCUGGACCAACUUCAGGAGAAGGACACAGCCCAGAUUUUCGCUCAGCCAGUUGACUUAAAAGAGGUUCCAGACUACCUGGAGUUUAUUAACCAGCCAAUGGACUUCUCAGCUAUGCGCUCUAAGCUUGAAAAUCAUACCUAUCGCUCAGUGGCUGAGCUGGAGGCUGACUUUAAUCUCAUGGUAUCAAACUGCCUCCUCUACAAUGCCAAAGACACAGUCUUCCACAGGGCAGCACUGCGUCUUCGAGACUUAGGGGGAGCCAUACUGCGCCAUGCCCAACGACAAGCCACCAACACCGGCCUCGACCUGGAAACUGGCAUGCACCUCCCAGAGUCACCCCAGAAAAGAGACUUUUACAGCUGCACCUGGGAGGAUGUUGACAGUGUGCUGGAUCCAGACAACCGACUCCAUAUGACGGUGGAAGAACAACUCAAGGAGCUGCUAGAAAAGCUGGACUUUGUGACAUCCAUGCGGUGCAGUGGCGCCCGAACUCGGCGCAUCCGCCUGCUUCGUCGCGAGAUUAACUACAUCCGAUACAGGCAGGGUCAUCACCCCCGCAACAGUAUCCACAAUGGACAUCUUAAAGAAGAUGACGAGGAUGAAGAUGACGAGGAAGACAACAGCAAAGAAACUAAGGCAGAUGAUGCUCUUUCUUCGUCAGACAAAGAAGACCUUAAAUCCACUUCUCCCCCGACACUGGAACCUACAGGGCCAGCUCCUCCUCCACGACUGGGGGAUGCACCUCUGGAACCUCCCACGCUGCGACCAAUCACAAGGGAGCCCCAGUCCCCCAGCUGGCCCUGCAAGCGCCUUAAAAUGGACAGUGACCUCCAAAACAGCGCAACAGAGAACAUUAAUUGCACUAAAGCACAGGAGCGGUUAGCAACACCGCCUCCCACUUUGCACAGCGAAGGACAGGUGAUGGCUAAUGGCCUGCCACGGCUCAGUGCCCCCCCACGGCCCACCACCGGGGGAGUUGGACGACGGACCUCUGUAUUGUUUAAGAAAGCAAAAAAUGGAGCUAAGCUUUUCAGAGAGAGGGAUAACACUUUGUUGAAUGGGAAGGGUCUGCAGGAUGAGAAUACGAGUAACUCUACAGCACCCAAUUCUACAUCGAGCACUCCAUCCUCCACACCUUUGUCCACUCCAUCCAAGACCCCCCAGAAAAGCCCAGGACCCCCCACACUUAACGAUCCAUGGACACCUAAUCGGGAUAUGUGCUUAGAUGCUGAGCUGGACAGUAAACUGAAUCAUACACUGGAAAGUGGACUGACAAAUGGCUGUGACAGGCAUAAAGACGGCGGGUCAGACUCAGAGUCCAGUUCAUGCCCAGUCCUCCAGAAAGAAAUUAGCUCGCCUCCCAAACGAAGCCUCGGAAAACCAUCUCUUUCCAAAGUUCCUCUUCUGGAGAUAGUCAAUGGGGAUUCAGAUUACACUGGCAACUGUAGCCAAACUUCAGAUGAUGACACAGAGCUGGAACCUCUAAACCUGGUGUGGGCCAAGUGUCGGGGAUAUCCCUCCUACCCUGCUCUGAUCAUCGACCCAGAGAUGCCUGAAGACGGAGUGUUGCACAACGGAGUGCCUAUUCCUGUCCCACCCAAAGAUGUCCUUCAUCUGGGGGAGCAGAGGCAGGAAGAGACCAAUGAAAGACUCUACCUGGUGCUUUUCUUUGACAACAAGCGAACCUGGCAGUGGCUUCCUCGUGACAAGUUGACUCCUUUGGGUGUAGACGACACAGCUGACAAGCUGCGCGUCAUGGAGGGCCGCAAGUCCAGCAUCCGCAAGUCUGUGCAGGUGGCGUACGACCGGGCCAUGAUCCAUCAAAGCCGAGUGAGCCACAGCCACUGCUUUGUGACCUCUAACUACCUGUAGGGGGCAGCUCCCUCCCAUGAAAGCGGCAGGUGGUCAGAGUCCUGCUGCCAGUUGGAUUUGUAUUCACACUGGGGUCUGUGGAGGUUGCAGCACUGAAUCCUAAACUGCAGUUCGUUAUCAAACCACUAGUGUUUGACACACAGAGCAGCGCCGCUUGCCUUCGUGUUCAAGAUGUGUAAAAGAAGUUACCUUAAGCCCCAUGUUGCUGCAGUCGGUAAGGUAAAUUUCCCCAUUCAGGGAUGUAUCGAGGUGGCUGAUUACUUCAGAUGGAUGCCAUUAAUAUGUCUGGAUCAAAUAUAGAAAAGAUCCCACUAUUUUAUAUAAUGCUACUGCCAAGGGAUCAAAAUGUCCGAAGAAAGAUUUGGCAUUUAUAUGAACUGCAGACGACAGAUGAAUGGAUCACUGCCAUCUUUUAUACAAUAGCUUUUUUUUUUUUUAAAUACAUUUUAAUCUUUUUCAAAAGACUCUUGUAUAUUUUAAUAGCACACUGUGUACAUAUGUGUUUAUUAUCUAACUCAUAUUAAUUUAAUGUUGCCGUUUUAAAUUGCGUAUUUCAAUCAACCCACAAGUGACGAAGCGAGGCUAUGUAUACUUGUGAAGCUGAAAUAAUUCCUGACUUGCUGCCGUGUACUUAGCUUGUCUCCAAUGUAAUUUCAUUGUGUUUUGUGUGUGCACUGUGUGUAUUCUCAGCAUACAACACAAUGAGCCAUUGUUCUUUAUAUUUGAAUUCUCUUUUUGAUACAGAGAGAAAUAAUUUAUUUAUGAAAUGCAAAACUAUAGAAAUAAAGCUAUAUUGGUUAAAUUGAGAAAUCUUAUUUAAAACAAAUGUAGUGAAGUUCUAAAAACAUGCAGCCCAAUAUUUUACCACAAAACUUCACGUUUGCUCUAUUUUGAUUUUUACUCAAGACCAACCAUCAUUCUUUGACGUUGAUCCCUUUCAUGGUUUUAUUUAUUACUCAGAGCCCUGUUUUAUCAAUGAAAAAGUACAUCUUCAUCAACUUGUACUACUGUUAAUUUACUUUCUCACUGAAUUUUGUCUCUAAGCAGUUAUUUCCUGAUUUGGGGAAAUAAAUGUUAAAUUAAAGCA